GUCCAGAGACUGGAAGGGGGUCAGCAGAGCCAGGUCCACAAAUACACAAGGGACAAGGACACGCUUGCCUGCCGUCCCCAUGCAUACCGAACAUUCGGCCCCACACAAUGGCACUCACUCCCCCUCUGCUGACACGGCACAGCCUCCUGACAGUUUACAACACCCGCACACACAAAUCCACAGCCCACUCUGAGCAGGACCUCAGAGCUGGAUGCUUCUUUGCAGCCUACCAGCUGCGGGCCCUGCUAGCCCUCCCUCUCCUCCAGGGCUGGGUUUUUCCAGCCGGAGCCUCGCUCCCUCUGCUGCAAUCUCUGGAAAUUGGUGUCUGACGAGAGGCUGCUCCUGCCUAUUAUUUAUUUAUUUCUUCUUUUCUUCCCGCUGAGACCCUCCUGUCAGAAGCAGAGCUGCAGUCCGGAGACAGAGAGAGGCAGAAGCUACAGAGAGAGAGAGAGAGAGAGAGAGAGAGAGAGAGAGAGAGAGAGAGAGAGCUGGGAGCAAAGAGGAGGUGGAGAGAGACUCCCGGACACCCUUGUCUGCUCACCCUAGAGAAUCAUGAGCACUGGGCAAGAGGCCAAGAGAGAAGAGGGAGAUUCCAGGAGAGGCCAGGAAGCCUCGCUCCGGGACCGAGCCCACCUGAGCCAGCAGCGCCGGCUCAAACAGGCCACCCAGUUCUUGCACAAGGACUCGGCUGACCUGCUACCCCUGGACAGCCUCAAGAGGCUCGGCACCUCCAAGGACCUGCAGCCACACAGCGUGAUCCAAAGGCGCCUGGUGGAGGGAAACCAGAGGCAGCUUCAGGGGGAGUCUCCCCUGGUACAGGCCCUGGUCCGUGGCCGUGGCAGCAGCAGGACCAGUGUGACACAGGUUCCAGCUCUUCUUGUCAACUGCAAGUGUCAGGACCAGAUGCUUCAAGUGGCCGUGGACACGGGGACCCAGCACAAUCAGAUAUCUGCUGGAUGCCUCAGGCGCCUGGGGUUAGGGGAGAGGGUUCCAAAAGCCCCAGGUGGGGACCUGGCACCUGGGCCUCCAAGUCAGGUGGAACAGCUGGAGCUGGAGCUGGGGCAGGAGACUGUGGCAUGCUCGGCCCAGGUGGUGGAUGUGGACAGCCCUGAGUUUUGCCUAGGACUGCAGACUCUGCUUUCCCUCAAGUGCUGCAUUGACCUGGACCGUGGAGUGCUUCGGCUGAAAGCCCCCUUCUCGGAGCUGCCCUUCCUGCCUGUGUACCAGGAGCCUGGCCAGUGACCACUGUCUCAGCCAGUCCCUAGGGCGACACCGUGCCUUAGGGGAAGAGUGGUGUGGAGUGGGUAUUUGCCUGAGCAGGGCAUCUGGAGACCACUGCAUUAAUCUCUUCUCACCACCCUGAUCCUGCAGUAGGCCACCUCCCUCUCUGCCUCUCCAUAGCUGCCCCAGGAGCUUCCACGGAGACUCUCUGUGACUCAAGGUCCUGGCUUCCCCAUUUUCUCUCUUAUCCAUGCCCAAGAGCAUAGCCAAGUCAGUAAUAGAAAGAGACCUACAUAAAACGGGCUCUAGACUUAGCCCUGGCUGUGGGGGUUCAAGUUACCUGCUGCCCCCACCUGCCUGAAGCCCACCCCAAGCACCCCUCCACUGCCCUCACUCUUCCAUCUCCCACCUCUAAGGCUUAUCCUUCACAGGCAGAUUCCCAUGCCUCAAAGCCUGUGUGCUGGCCUCCUGGUACCUGCCCUUUGACCCUGCACCCAUCUACUUAUAGCUGGGUGGGGGUGACAAAUAAGUAGGACUUAGUCUAGGAAGGUACAGUUCCUGAGCUGAGGGCUUUCAGUCAUUCUCCUUUCUGGCUUGCACAUGUCUGAGUAUCUUUCUGACUGGGCUGAUUUUCACAACAAUAUCUCUAACCCCAACCAAGGAACUGGGUCGCUUACAUGGGAACUAAAUACAAAGCCUAGUAGACCAAAGAGGAGCCUGCACACAAAUGCUUUCUUCACUUUCAAUAGUGGGCUGGUUUAGCCUAAGUGUUGUGGUUCCUGGUCUCAAUCCUGAUUCCCUCCCUCGUCACCUUGCUUUGAGAUCCAUGCCCCUUCCCAGUUUGCCUCCUACUGCUUGUCAAGUGGCAGGCCUGGCCCAGGGCAGGCCCUUAGCCUGCUUCUGCAUUUGAAUAAACACUGUUUCUCUAA